CAUUCCUCUAUCUCGAUGAACAACCUCAAUAUUAAUUCCACGUUCUGGUCAGGCUUUACCGUCGCCAGUGCCGCCCAAAUCUCCCUCACCGUCGGUGUGGCCAUGUGGAUUUCUACCAAACUCGACGUCCAGCAGGAGUUCACCCACUAUACUUCCCAUCGCCCCUGCAGCUCAUCUCGUCUAAUGCCAUUACCAAAGGGGGCAGUCGAAAAGAAACAGCCAGAUAUCCUGAAUCCUGCCAGGUGGAAACCGUUCGUGUUGACCGCCAAACAGUCUCUCUCCUCGAACGUCUACAAACUCGUCUUUGGCCUCCCUCGCCCAGACGAUCUCUUGAACCUCCCCAUCGGACAACAUAUUUCCCUUCGAGCCAAAGUCAACGGCAAAGAUGUCAUGAGAUCAUACACUCCAGUCUCGAAUCACACGGACCCGGGGCGAGUUGAGCUCCUGGUCAAGGUCUAUCCGAAUGGUCUUUUGACGAGAUACCUCGAGGAUAUGACCGUAGGACAGAGCAUUGAUGUUCGUGGCCCUAAAGGCGCCAUGCGCUAUUCUCGACAAUACGCAGGAUUCAUCGGGAUGGUUGCAGGAGGAACAGGAAUCACGCCCAUGUAUCAACUCAUCCGCGCCAUCUGUGAGGAUGAAGAGGAUACAACAAGAGUGUCGCUCCUGUACGCCAACAAUACAGAAGGAGAUAUUCUGCUACGGAAGGAGCUGGAUGGUUUUGCCAGACAGUUUGCCAACAAAUUCCAGGUCAAGUAUGUUUUGUCAACCCCGGAAAAAGUGGAUUGGGAUGGAUAUAGGGGGUACGUGAAUGGGGAAAUGAUCGGCAAGCAUUUGAAAGAGGUGGGAAGGGCGGACAGAAAGAUGAUGCUGUGUGGGCCACCGCCGAUGGUGAAUGCGAUGAAGAAACUGUUAGAUGGUGAGGAUAUUUUUGUAUUCUGAUUUCAUUUACCAGUGCAUAGCGAUAGAGAUAGAUAAAAUAGAUUUGUGC